CUGACAGCAGCUGUUCAGAGAUAGCGAGAGCGAGCGAGAGACAGCACGAGACAGAUAAAAAACCCAGCGAGAAUAACCCAGACCCGAACCCUAACCCGGGACAGACCGUGAGAGACCCGGACGGUCCGUUCCAGACCCGGGAUAGACCGGGACAGAGGGACAGAACCUUCUGGAGCUACCAGGCGAACAGACAGACUGCCAGCAGCUGUUCAUUCGGGUUAACGGUUCUCUGACAGGCGGGCCAGCGGCUCACGUGCGCCUUGCCUCCUCGUUUCCUAACCAGGGCAGAUCGCGGACCCCCCUUUCCAGCUGGACCUGACCCGGGUACAGCCCGCUGUGUGGAGCAGCUCCACGGCUAACGGAAGCUAAGCUAGCCGUCGCCGUUACACCAGUCCGCUCGGCUCGGCUCGGCUCGGUUCGGCGGGGCUCGUGCACCGGGAGACAGGAUGUUGAUAGCAGCCGUCGGAGCAGGAAGUGGAAACCCCACCACCACAGGCAAGAAACGCCGCAGAGGAAAGAAACACCGGAGAGUCCGAACAGAUGAGAACCGGCCCGAUGACCUCUGUGACCUUAACACUCUGAAUGCCAACAGCAGCCCCCCGCCGUCGUUACCCCCCCAUCGCCAAAACACCAGCCUGCCCACCUACAGUCCUCCAGAGCCCUGCCCCACAGAAGCAAGGUCUCCUGCACCAGACGUCCAUGACUUCAUCUCAGCACCUCAAGAAAACCCACCCCCUUCUGUUUUACCCCCCGAAACCACACCAGUGCCCCCACAGAAUGACCUCAGGACCCCCACCCCACCACCUUUGCACCCCCCCAAAGAUAUGGUCCCCAAAGAACCGCUUAGAGACCUUGUGAUUACCCAUGAUCCCAGCCAGUCACCUCCAACAACAUCACCAGAACCCACCAACAGUCCUAGCCAAUCACCAACAAGAUCUAUCAACCAUGCCCACAGUUCUAGCCAAUCAGACCCUACAAGAUCACCAGAACCCACCCACAGUCCUCACCUGUCAGCCCCUUCAAGAAGUCCAGAUCCUGCCCACAGUCCCAGCCAAUCAACUCCCGCACGACCGGUCAACCACGCCCACGGUUCUAGCCAGUCAGCCCCUUCGAGAUCUCCAGAUCCUGUCCACAGCCCCAGCCAAUCACCUCCACUGAGGUCUUUAGACUCUGCCCACAGUCGUAAUCAAUCCCCUCCCUUAAGAUCCUCUGCUCCUGCCCACAGCCCCUGUCAAUCACAUCCAGAUGGUAACCUAAAUAUUACCCAGAAUUCCUUUAGAUUACCUCAGAUAACACCUCAGAGUGUCACCCAGACUGACAGCCAAUCAGAUAAUUCAUGCUCACCUCCAAGCCUACCGCUCAACAUUACCCACAAUGCCUCUGAACACCCCUUAGCCUUACAUUCUGCCAAAGCUCCUCCCACUCCUCCGUUAAGCCCCUCCCACUUUGACCAGUUCCUGUUGCCCUCUGUGACCUUCACCUCCACUGUCUCCUCACACCUUUACUCCCCCGCCUCCUCCUCUUUCCUUCACUCCCUCGACUCCCUGCCGCCUCCCAUUGGACUGCAUCCUAUGAUGUCAUCAUCCACCCCUCAGCUGACGACGCCCCCGCCCCCACUGAGUCCGCCCCCUCUAGAGUUAACCCCACCUCCUGCACAGCUGCUGGGCUCAGACGAUGAAGAACAGGAAGACCCGUCAGACUACUGCAAAGGUGGUUACUACCCGGUGAAGAUCGGUGACCUGUUUAACGGGAGAUACCACGUGGUCCGAAAACUGGGCUGGGGGCAUUUCUCUACAGUGUGGCUCUGCUGGGACCUUCAGAGGAAGCGUUUUGUGGCGUUGAAGGUGGUGAAGAGCGCUCCCCACUACACGGAGACGGCUCUAGAUGAGAUCAAACUGCUGCGAUGUGUGAGAGACAGUGACCCAUCAGAUCCUUUCAGAGAAACAGUUGUCCAGCUGAUCGACGACUUCAAGAUCUCUGGAGUCAACGGAGUCCAUGUGUGCAUGGUUCUGGAGGUCUUGGGUCAUCAGCUGUUGAAGUGGAUCAUAAAGUCCAACUACAUGGGACUUCCUCUGGUGUGUGUGAAGACCAUCAUCAGACAGGUGUUACAGGGUCUGGAUUACCUGCACACCAAGUGUAAGAUCAUCCACACCGACAUCAAACCAGAGAACAUCUUACUGGAUGUGGACGAGGUUUACAUCAGAAGGUUGGCAGCCGAGGCGACCAUCUGGCAGAAAGCUGGAGCCCCGCCUCCCUCUGGGUCAUCAGUUAGCAUGGCUCCCAGGGAUGAUCAGAUGGGCAAACUGUCUAAAAACAAGAAGAAGAAGUUAAAGAGGAAGGCAAAGCGACAGCAGAGGCUUCUGGAGGAGAGGCUGAUAGACAUACAGAAGUUGGAGGAGGAAGAAGGUGUGCUUCAUCCAAACAACACAGACUGUAAUAACUGCUCUCAGGUCAACGGCAACACUUCCUGCUCCACAGCCAAUGCUAAAGGGAGCCCAGAGUCCAACUGUUCCUGGCCUUUACACCUGGAGGACAGGUGUAAUGGCCACGCCCCCGGGCGGUUCUCCAGCCCCGCCUCUGGGCUGUCGGGGUUCUCCAGCUCUGCAAUGUCAGCAACUUCUGAGUCAACGCUCUCUACCCGAUCGGGAUACUCGAGCGGACGAGACGUCUUCAGUGCAACAGACUUCAUCCUCAGUCCAUUGGAUCCUCAGAAUGCUGACAGACUCCGUGUAAAGAUCGCUGACCUGGGGAACGCCUGCUGGGUGCACAAACACUUCACAGAGGACAUUCAGACUCGUCAGUAUCGAGCUGUGGAGGUUCUGAUUGGAGCAGAGUACGGACCUCCUGCUGACAUCUGGAGCACCGCCUGCAUGGCGUUUGAGCUGGCCACAGGUGAUUACCUGUUUGAACCUCAUUCAGGAGAAGACUACACCCGAGAUGAAGAUCACAUCGCUCACAUCAUGGAGCUGCUCGGCCCGAUCCCUCUGCCCUUUGCUCUGUCAGGACGAUACUCCAGAGAGUAUUUCACUAGGAGAGGGGAUCUGCGGCACAUUUCUAACCUGAAGCCGUGGGGUCUAUUCGAGGUUCUGUUGGAGAAGUAUGAGUGGCCAUUGGAUCAGGCAGCUCAGUUCAGUGACUUCCUGUUAACCAUGUUGGAGCUGGAGCCUGAACGCAGAGCGACAGCAGCACAGUGUCUGCAGCAUGCCUGGCUGCACACGUAGAUGCACAAAUACAACUCUACACACUCAGAAACACACACAACCAAUGAUACACAUAGACUCACUUACAACAAUACACACCAAGAAACACACCAUGAUGUUCAUGAACACACUGUGUUUAGGAGGGUCUCACUUUUUUUAGAGGGAAAUAAACACACCUGUCUGUCUGAUUGAUUGAUUGAUUGAUUGAUUGACCAACCUCAGGCUGGAUCCAAACAUCUGGACUCAACUGUGAAGACUGAGAUCUUUUCACAGUCAUCAUUUCUAACAUAGAGCUGACCUGCUGUAACCCUGCAAUCUGCUUCUAGUGAACUUUAUUUAACUAUAGCUGAUUAACAAAGCUUUUGAUUAGGGGUCAGCAGUGUUAACAUGUUAAUUGCAAUGCAAUUAAGGUCAGAAAUCAAUGCAUCUAUUUUUAUAAUCACAUUGAUCGCAUGCCAGUCGCAGUUAAGCUACCAUAGCAGUGCAGCAGACUCACGUCGGUGUCUUCCUGCAGCCACAGUGAUGUAGAAUAAGUCCACCACUGCUCCUUAAUGUCUCAGUGUACAAGUUAAAAGUCAUCUGAACCUUGUGUUAUCAGAGAUUUACCUUUACUUUCUCUUUAGCCAUUUUUAUGGCUAACGCUGUAGCAUUUGAUCUCAAUCAGUCCUUACAUGUUACCAAUUCUUAACCAAAGUAAUCUGCAGACACUUUACAAAGAGGACAGGUCUAGACUGUGCUCUCUGAUGUAUAUUUGUAAAGACCCGUCAGAUCUAUCAGAAGUUUAUUUACUUGAAAGCUUUUUUUGUUGAAACAGGAAGUAAAGCAUCUUUAGUUUAAGAUGGUGGUGACCUCCUCGGUGAGAACCACUGGCCAGCACUUUUCAAACAGAAAAAGCAAUUAAACAAGAAUUCCUGAACGGUGUAAAUGCUGUCUCAUUACCUGAAGAUCAUUGGAUGAGCAUUUUGUACAUGCACUCCUGCAUAUUUUCUUCAUUUCUAUCAGUGUUAAACAGUGCUUCUGACAGAAAAAGUACUCUGAAGCUGUCUGGGAGCUCUAAGGCAUGGUUUUAGACCACACUGGAGUAGAAGUGCAGCACAAAUAAUCUAAAAGUUAUCAUCAUCAAACACGUCUCUUUUAAUUCAUUUGAUUCACUGAUAACAAACCAGAAAAUAUUCAUGACAAUAUGGACUUAACUAUUUGGUUAGAAAAUAAAAUAAUGACAUUAAUCAUGCCAUAAAUAGUGAUUUUAAUCUUUUAAAGUGUUCUUAUAACCCUGUGUGGUGUAGUUCUCUGCCGGUGUUACCUGUCCAGGUGUGUAAAUGAGCGUCCAGGUGUUUGGAUUCAGCCUCGAUGCUCUGCUCUCUGCUGACCUUUGACCCCUAACAGGAUGAUGUGUUUGUGUUUAAUUUCUUAUCGCUUCUUUUUCAAACUUUUCUGAGAUUUUUCUGAAAUUUUCUUCUGAGCUUUUUGAGUCUAUUUGAUCUUCCCUUCCUGCUGUCUGUUUAUCAAACUCAUUGAUUAUUGAUCUGAGACUUUUGUUAUUCCUGAACCUCUGUGAUGAUGAAGAUGAUGAUGAUGAGCUUUGGUUUACACUAGGGAUGUUCCUUGUGACUAAUUUCCCUGUCAGACACAAACUUAAGGUAAGACCAGCCUAAUGCGAUAAACCACAACUCCAGUGACGCCUAGUGGCAGGAGGCUGCAUUACAGCUUAGGCUGGCUACUAACUAGUCUUGGUCUGCUGAAGCAUUGAGAUUGGCCUUCACUGGAGAUAAAGGGUCUAGCCCGGGUAGGGUUAGGGUUAACAAACAAACAACCCCAUACCAUUAUCCCUCCUCCACCAACCUUCUGAAAUCACAUUUGAUCACGAGUUUCUGUGAGAUCUCAUGUCUGUGGAAUCUCCACUAUGAAGUUGUGACUACAAAUACCAGGCUGAAUCCUCUACGAUGUGUGCUUGGAGGAGUACAAUGUUAGAAAUCAGUUGAACCUGUCCUGUUGAGGUCUCCACAUAUGUUAAAUUGUCUAGUGUGCGGCCAGCCAUAAAUGAUAAUCCUGGUGUUGACUGGUGAGGGUGGUGUUAAAUUGUCUGAUCACACACAUCCCUAGUUUAAACAAGCGAAAUGUAGCUUCCUGUCACCCUGACCCUUGGUGAUUUAUCACAGUAUUGAUGCCAUGAUUAUGAUCGUAUGUUUCUUUGUAGUUCAAAGUGAGAGGGAGUGUCCCUGAUGACCUCUGUUCAUGUAAUAGUGCCUUUAAAUGACCUCUGACCCCGCCCCUCUGCCCCGACACAGUGACACCCAGUUUAUUUUCUAUGUGUCUGUCAGUGUGAAAAUAUAAAUAAAGAUUUUAUGAACUUU